AUGUCUGAACAAUCGAUGUCUGAGUCGUCUUCGGAAAAACCCCAGCAAGAUCCGGAGAAUUUGGCGCCCGUAGAUGGUAAGACACACAAAACGGACAAUAAUGCCGUGGAUGUUCCUGAUGGCGGAUUUGGGUGGUUUGUGGUAGCGGCCUAUUUCUGUUACAAUUUCUCGCAAUGGGGCGCCAACGCUGGUUAUGCGGUGUAUUUGGCGGAGUACCUUUCCACCAAUGAGUUUGCCAACUCCAGUGCUUUGGACUACGCGGCUAUUGGCGGGCUAGCGUUCGGAUCGGGCCUUUUCUUCGGUCCCGCAAUCGCAUGGCUUGUGCAUCGCACGAAGGCCCAGAUAGUUAUUGCCAUCGGACUUGUGCUACAGUGCGCGUCGCUGUUACUUGCCGCUUUCUCGGUGCGUUUGUGGGAGCUGUAUCUGACGCAGGGCGUGAUGAUUUCGUUUGGACUGGCGUUUAUCUGCAUACCGAGCAUUGCGCUGCUUCCACAGUGGUUCCGCAGACGCCGCAACGUUGCAAUGGGGAUCGGCGCCUCGGGCUCCGGGAUGGGCGGUGUGGUGUUCAAUCUCGGGAUGCAGAAGAUCAUGCAAGAGCGGUCGGUCAAGUACGCGCUGAUCACGCAGUGCGUAAUCUGCACGUUCCUGAAUGUGGUUGCCCUGGCGAUGACGCGCACGCGCGUCAAAGAAAUCCGCCAGGCCCAGAUAGCCGCGCACCGCGCGCCAGGACCGUACCGCAUGUUCGACAUGCAGGUCAUCAAAAGCGUGGGAUACUGGCUGUUUGUGGUGUACGUGCUAUGCACCAUGCUUGGAUACGUGGUGUUGCUGUAUUCGCUCUCUGCAUUCACGGUGUCUUUGGGAUACUCGCGGUACCAGGGCGGCAUAGUGUCAUCGAUGGUGAGUGUGGGCGCUUUUUUUGGACGUCCCGCUAUGGGGCUCAUUGCGGACGCAUUUGGCCCUGUAACGACUAGCAUCGUGGCACAUUUGAUUGUGACCAUUUUCUCGUUGGCGAUGUGGAUCCCUUGUCAGAAUUUCGCUACCGCGCUGGUGUUUGCCCUGAUUGUAGGCCUGUUCAUGGGCACUAUUUGGUCCGUGAUAGCGCCGAUCGCUACGCGCGUUGUGGGGUUGCACAAGCUGGGCGUUUGUCUAGGCAUGAUCUGGAUCUAUCUGAGCGCCGGGGGAAUCACGGCGCCGAUCAUCGGACUGGAGUUGCGGGUGCCCGCAGACAAAAUCGCAGACUUGUCCUCGGGACUCAAUGGCUACUAUAAGACCGCGGUUUUCGCCGGUAUGAUGUACUUCGGAUCCGUGCUCGCAUUGUGGUUUCUGCGGGGCCUUUUGGCCGCAAGGGACGAAGUGGCCGUAGCCGCCGAGACCGGGUUCGACGACGGCGAAUUGCAUUUGAAGGUGACCCCGGGCGAAUGGGCCAAAGGCCUGUUCAAAGUGCGGGGUUUACCACGUCGCAUUUGA